CUGGCUCAGCGGCCGGCCCCACCCACUCGCGCGUUUUAAGUCAAAGUGGAGGUUGCAAUUUCCAUUUGCCUUUUCGGUUCCACACACAGAUUGCUCAUUUGGCCUCCUUAAAAACAGAGCCAUGCAGCUGGGGGAGCUGUUGCGAUCUGGCCAUGGCUGCAGUGCGGGUCCUGGUGCUGGUGAUCGCGGGGCUGGGCUUGGCCAGGGCAGGUCCCGUCCCCACUUCUAAGCCUGCCACCACCCAGAGGAGCUGCGAUAUCGGCAGGUUCAAAUCUCUGUCUCCGAGUGAGCUGGAGGCCUUCAAGAAGGCCAAAGAUGCCUUGGAAAACUCGCUGGAGAACUGGACCUGCCGUUCCCCUGUCUUCCCCACAACCUGGGACCUGCGACAGCUGCAGGUGUGGGAGCGCCCCGUGGCCUUGGAGGCCGAGCUAGCUCUGACACUGAAGAUCCUGGCGAUGGUGGCUGACUCGUCCCUGGCGGACAUCCUGGACCGGCCGCUUCACACGCUGCGUCACAUCCACUCUGAACUCCAAGCCUGUGUCCCUGCUCGGCCCACAGCGGGUCCCAGGCCCCGGGGCCGCCUCCACCAGUGGCUGCGCCAGCUCCACGAGGUCCAGAAGAAGGAGUCCUGGGGCUGCCUCGAGGCCUCUGUCACAUUCAACCUCUUCCGCCUCCUCACACGGGACCUGAAUUGUGUCGCCAGCGGAGACCUGUGCCUCUGAGAACCUGGACCCACCCCCAGCCUGUCUGGGACCCCAGACCUUAUUUAUGCACUAAGCCCCACGCCCACCUUAAGUUAUUUCCUCUCACCCCUUAUUUAUGGAGCUGCAGUCCUGGCUCAGACCCCAAAGAAAUGGGUUUUUCCUACUUUUAUACAAUAUGCACAAAUAAAC